GUGCCUCUGUUCCUUGUCUUGCCCAACACAUCAAUCAAGCAAACUACCGGGCGCUGGUGCUGCACAGAAUUCCCACGCUGCUCUGCUAGCGCCGCCGGCUGUACGUCGUUACCGACGACCACUGAGUACGGGCCGUUUGCUAACGCAGAUGCCGCCGCCGCGUCGUCGUUUGGGUCGAUGACGGAGCUCCACUCGCCGGCGACGGCUCGUUUGUGCCCACUGCCCACGCCUCGCUGGAUUCACCCACGUCCAUGCCUUCGUCGCAUCUGUCGACUCGCCCGCUCCGCCGUCCGCGCCUCUGUCCCGACUGCGAUCGCACACGCCGCCGCUCGCGCACCUAUUUCGUUUUUUUUUCUUCCUAUUUUAAAGGGACAAUGUCCGUUCGCUGAAGCAAGAGAAAGUCUCCUUCUGACUUCUCUUCUUCAAGUUACCGGAUCCGGAUCCCUCGCUGCCGAGCACCCCCCUGGUCGUCUUCCUCCUCGCGCGAGCGCUGCCAGUACCCAUCCCGCUGCCGAGCGCCCUAGCCCCCCUCGCUCCGUCGCUCGUCUUCCUCCUCGGGCAAGCGCCGCCACCAGGUUGAUCUCUCCUUCGAUUCUCUCGCUCCCGGCCGUUUCUCCUCCCAUUUCCGGCCUUUAGGCCCCCGUUUCAUCUCCUUAAUCUCCUCCAAUUCGUAACUGAGGCAAAAAUCAAGAUGGAGGAUGAGCAAUCAGCGACAUAUACUGUGGAUGACGCACUUCUGUCUUCAGGGUUUGGGAGGUUCCAGAUAUUGAUUCUUUCCUAUGCUGGGAUCGGCUUAAUUGCAGAAGCAAUGGAGAUGAUGCUGCUAUCAUUUGUUGGUCCGUCGGUACAGUUAGAAUGGAAGCUUACUGCUCAUCAGGAAAGCAUGAUUACAAGUGUUGUUUUUGUUGGAAUGCUUAUAGGAGCUUACUCUUGGGGUGUAGUCUCAGAUAAUUAUGGAAGGAGGAAGGGAUUCUUCUUUACUGCCAUUAUGACGAGUGGAGCUGGAUUCCUGAGUUCAUUCGCUCCGAACUAUUUGUCGUUAAUGGCUCUAAGAUUUGUAGUUGGUGUUGGCUUGGGAGGAGGACCUGUUCUUGGCUCUUGGUUCUUGGAAUUUGUUCCUGCCCCAACUAGAGGAACUUGGAUGGUGAUAUUUUCAGCAUUUUGGACUGUUGGGACCAUCUUAGAGGCUUCACUUGCAUGGGCAGUUAUGCCAAAGUUUGGCUGGAGGUUGUUGCUAGCAUUAUCCUCUGCUCCAUCUUUCCUCCUGCUUCUGUUUUAUGCUGCCACACCAGAGUCACCAAGGUUCCUAUGCACGAAAGGCAGAAUAACAGAGGCUGUAGAGGUAUUGGAGAAAAUGGCAAGGUUAAACAAUGUGCAACUACCUGCUGGUAGGCUUGUUUCUGAAAAAAACAUUGAGUUAGACGAAGUUUCUGAGUCUGCAACACUUCUGACUGAUGAUAAAGAAAAGGACGAUAUCAAAGACGACGAAGGCUCCAAUUUUGGAGGUUUCAAGUCGGUUUCUAAGCUGCUAUCACCGAAAUUGAUGAGAGCAACUCUGCUCCUGUGGAUGGCUUUCUUCGGAAAUGCAUUUUCAUAUUAUGGGAUUGUUCUACUGACAUCAGAGUUAAGUAAUGGAAAUAGGAUAUGUGCAAAACAGGAGGUUGAAUCCGUGCACUCGAACAAUUCUAGCCUAUACAAAAACGUUUUUAUCUCUAGCUUUGCAGAGAUUCCAGGAUCAUUUUUGUCCGCCAUGGUCGUGGAUAGAUUUGGUCGAAAGCUUUCAAUGGCAUCGAUGCUCUUCACUAGCUGUGUCUUUUUAUUUCCACUUAUAUUUUCCCAGACAGACAUACUAACAAGAAUCUCACUAUUUGGCGCCCGGCUCUGCAUAUCUGCGAGCUUCACAAUUGUAUACAUAUAUGCUCCUGAGAUUUACCCGACCUCUGUCAGAACGACAGGCAUCGGCAUUGCCAGCUCGGUAGGCAGGAUUGGGGGCAUUCUGUGUCCUCUGGUCGCUGUUGCGCUGGUGCACAACUGCCAACAGACUACUGCGAUCCUCCUAUUCGAGCUCGUAGUCUUCCUCUCCGGGGUGGCUGUUAUGUUCUUCCCUUUUGAGACAAAAGGUUGUAGACUUAACGACAACGAGGCUGAUUUGAAUUGAUGCGGCGGUUAUACGACGGCCCCAUUUUUGUACGCUGGGAGCUGUAAUAGCAUAUUAUUGAACAUUCUCCAGCACGAUAUUGAUUAUGACGGUGAUGAUGAUAUUGAUUUUAUAAGGGGAAUUUUGUUGGCCUCCUA